GGAAGGGGCGGCGGGGCUGCGGGCGGCCGGGGCUGGUGGCUGGGCAGCCGGGCAGCCGGGCGGGGAGCUGGCUGGGGGGAGGUGGCCUGGCCGCCAUGCCCAAGUACUACGAGGAGAAGGAGGAGGACGGGCAGGCCUGCGGGGGGGUGCGGGAGGACCUGCGGCACUGCCUGCUGGAGAGCCCCUGCGUCCUGCGGGAGAACAAAAGCCCUAAACAGUGUUUGAGGGAAGGACACUGUAGGAGUUUGCAGGUUACGUUUUUUGCAUGCAAAAGAUCGAUGUUGGAUACCAGGGCAAGAUUCAGAGGAAGGAAGGGGUACUAAAGUCCUCAGGAAGAGACCCAGCCACGGGAAAUCAGAGUUCAUCAGCACUUUAAGCAAAACAGAGACUAAAGUAAGAUGAUUGUAUCUGCUGCAUCCUUUCAUGCUGUAUUUUUAUGGAAGGUAUCUACUCCUGAGUAUUCCAAUAGUUUGAUCUGGAUGUGCAUUUAAAUAUUAAAAAAAAAUACAAGCAUGAAUCUGGAAGUUCUGACCAAAAUAGGUACUUGUCAUGCACUUGCAAUAAAACGUAUAAAAUCCAGAAUAAAGUGCAGAGCUUAUCA